UUUGUCUGCUCUCUGUCCGUGUCUUUCUGAUAUCGUACCAGGACGACUGCGCUGCCUUUCGUUCUGCAGCUGCACAGCAGCUGCGACGGCUCCGGCUGCCCACUGCAGACAACGUGACGUCACCCGCCCCACCGGUCAGCUGGCGGCUCGCGCCCUACGCCGGGAGGGUCCAGAACAGUCCGCGAUACGACGCGACCCGGCGAAGCGCUAGGGAAAGAAAGAAAGGAAAAAAAAAAAACUGGACAAAAAUGGUGUAGUGGGAGGGAGUUUUGUCGGAAGGAGGAGUUUGGCUCCGCCUUGGCGUUUCAGAAUUUAUAUCGAAUUUUUUUCCCUCGUCAUCCUCCUCCCUGCGCUGCGCUCGUCGGUUUUGUGGCUGCAGCAGGUGCAGCGGCGAGGAUUUUAUUUUGUAUUAAUAUUGAUGUCCGUGUUUCGGGAAUAUGGGCCGGACUGAAGCUAGUGGAUUCCGUCGUGACGAGGAUGCCGGGUGCGAGUGAGGCGCGGUUUAAAGAGAAGAGAAAUAACGAGGCGAUAUGAAAGGAUGCGGGACGAAGCGCGGGCGCUCGCGCUGACUGAGGGAGCGGCGACGACGAGACGAAGCGCGCGCGUCACCUGGGGGCUCCGCAAUGGAGGCGCCCGUCUUCUCUUAAAAUACUGAGCAGGACGACGAGUGCUGGGACAUUUUAGCACAAAAAGCGGCACAGCGCAGCGGGAGCCCGAGCGACGCCGCCCGCCCGGGAUACAAGAAGAGCAGACGCGACGCGGCGGGCCGCUGUUUUGUUAGGACUGGGGUUUUUUUUUCCGCUGCUGUCACUGACGCGCGAGUGGCCGCCACGAUGAUGGAGCUGCCGCUCGACGAGGUGGUCUACCAGGACGACUACGGCUCCGUGUCCGUGAUGUCGGAGCGCGUGUCCGGCCUGGCCAACAGCAUCUACCGCGAGUUCGAGCGCCUCAUCCACAGCUACGACGAGGAGGUGGUGAAAGAGCUCAUGCCGCUCGUGGUGAACGUGCUCGAGAACCUGGACUCGGUGCUCACGGAGAACCAGGAGCACGAGGUGGAGCUCGAGCUGCUCAAGGAGGACAACGAGCAGCUCAUCACGCAGUACGAGCGCGAGAAGGCGCUGCGCAAGCAGGCGGAGGAGAAAUUUAUCGAGUUUGAGGAUGCCUUGGAGGCAGAAAAGAAGGAGCUGCAGAAGCAGGUGGAGAGCUUGGAGCUGCAGGCGAAGCAACUGGAACUCAAGACCAAAAACUAUGCUGACCAGAUAUCCCGCCUCGAGGAGCGGGAAUCAGACAUGAAGAAGGAGUACAACGCUCUUCACCAGAGACACACUGAGAUGAUCCAGACAUAUGUGGAACACAUUGAACGAUCCAAGAUGCAGCAGGUCGGGUCCAGCCAAUCAGAGCCCAGUGGCUGUGGACGGAAUCAGCGUCAGGCAUGGAGGAAAAGUAAGACGGAGCGGCCACCAUCGCUCAGCCUGUUCCCCACCACAGAGGGGAUGGUACGUGGGUGUCAGGGGGGGGCUAGGAUGACGCCGGGGUCUGACAUCUGGCAGGUCGGCAAGCUCAGCCAGUCCCGCUGCACCUCCACCUAUAAGGAUGAUGAGUCUGAAUCCGGCCAGUCCUCGGUAGCUGCCACUCCCAGCAGUAUAGGCACCAAGUCAAACACGCCUACCUCUUCUGUGCCCUCCGCCUCUGUCACACCACUCAACGAGGCCUUGUCCGGCUUUGACAUGGCGCACGCUAACAACAGGAGGAGGAGUGCCAAACGCCUCAGCAGAAACAUGGAGGUUCAGGUCUCUCAGGAGACCAGGAAUGUCAGCAUCGGAAUGGGCAGCAGUGACGAAUGGUCCGAGUUCCAAGAGAUCAUUGACUCCACUCCGGAGCUGGACAUGUGCAUGGACCCACGGAUUUAUGGGGGAGGAAACAGCCCCUCGCAGGGCAUUGUCAACGAGGCAUUCGGCAUCAACACGGAUUCUCUGUACCAUGAGAUCAAAGAUGCCAAGUCAGAUAUCAUAGGGGAUGUGGAUGCAGGGGCGGAGCUUCUCGGGGAGUUCUCAGUGCGAGAUAACUUUUUCGGGAUGGGGAAAGAAGUGGAGAACCUCCUGACAGAGAACAAGCAACUCCUGGAGACCAAGAAUGCCUUGAACAUUGUGAAAAAUGACCUGAUUGCCAAAGUAGAUGAGCUGUCUGGUGAACAUGAGGUUCUCAGGGAGGAGUUAGAGGCUGUCAAGCAGUCUAAGGUCAAGGCGGACACUAGAGUCAAGGAACUGGAGGAGGAACUAAAGAGAUUAAAAGCAGAGGCCUUGGGGGUAGCACAAGACAUGAAGGAGGACGGAGCAGAAGAUUACUCGUCUCCUCUCCAAGAUGAUGUGUCUAUGGCCCAGCGAAGGCGCUUCACCCGGGUGGAGAUGGCAAGGGUGCUCAUGGAGCGCAACCAGUACAAGGAGCGGCUGAUGGAGCUGCAAGAGGCCGUACGGUGGACAGAGAUGAUCAGGGCCUCCAGGGAAAAUCCUCAAAUACAGGAGAAGAAGAAAUCCACGAUUUGGCAGUUCUUUGCUCGACUCUUCAGUGCGUCCUCCAGCCCCCCGCCCCCCAAGAGACCUUAUACCAGCGUCAACAUCCACUACAAGUCACCCACACCAGCUGGCUUCUCCCAGCGCCGCAGCCACACCUUGGGUCAGAUCUCCACGUCGAACCGCACGCUAGAAUUCUUCCCCGAGGAUGACAGUGCGCUGUCUGCGCGCCGUGAGCAGCGCCGUGAGCAGUACCGCCAGGUCCGAGAGCACAUGCGCAGGGAGGACGGACUCCGCCAAGCCUGUGGGUGGAGCGUGCCACCGCGUUUUAAACAGACAAACCCUCUGCAGGAUCGCUCGCAAGACGGGCCACUGAAGAAGCACCAGCUUAGUCCCAAUGACAAGGAGGACAACCGUAUAAAGAAUGUUCCGGUGCCAGUGUACUGUCGCCCCCUUGUGGAGAAGGAUCCUACCAGGAAGCUGUGGUGUGCAGCUGGGGUGGAUUUGACUGGCUGGAAAGGGGAUAAACGGGACAGCCCAUCCAAUGGAGCGCUGAAAACUUCAUCAAAUGACACAGACCCCCUAACAGCAGACAGCAGCAGAGAGGAGAUCAAGAGCAGCCAUAGUUCUCCGGAGAAGAAAAAGGAGCUCCGCGAGACCGAUUCCAUGAACAGUCGAGUUUGGAUACUCACCAGUACGCACUCCGCCAGCAGCGUGGUCAUCAUUGACGCCAACCAGCCCGGCUCCCUUGUCGACCAGUUCAACGUAUGCAACGCACACGUGCUCUGUAUUGCCAGCGUACCAGCGGCCAGCGAGAGCGACUACCCGGCGGGGGAAAUAUUCCUGGAGCAGGGUGAGGGCUGCUCGGACGAGACGAGGGGUGUGGAGGGCAUGCUGGCUGGCAUCACGUUGGUGGGCUGUGCCACAAACUGCAGCGUGGUCCGAAGCAACUGCUCGUCGCGCACAGACACACCCGUGCUGGACAGAGGCCAGGGCCAUGUGGCUCCAGUGCUCAAUGGGAAGGUGAACCCAUCCCAGUCUGCAGAGGAAGCCACGGAGGCCACGGAGGUACCUGAGUCCACGGUCACCGAAGCAGAGGGAGCACCUGGCCCCCCAGGCCCUUUCACCGAGCAUGUCUUUACUGACCCCCAGCCCCCGGCAGCAGAACCCCCCAUCAGCAGGGAUACUUCACAGUUUAAGGAGCAGACGAAUGCCACAAACCAUGAGACAGGAGAAGGGGCAGAAGAACCGAAAGCCAGCACCAGCGCUGCCCCCACUAUGUGGCUUGGAGCUCAGAAUGGCUGGCUUUAUGUCCACUCUGCAGUGUCCAACUGGAAGAAAUGUUUGCAUUCGAUCAAACUGAAAGACUCGGUCCUCAGUCUGGUGCAUGUUAAAGGCAGACUGUUAGUGGCCCUUGCGGAUGGGACCCUUGCCAUCUUCCACAGAUCUGAAGAUGGUCAGUGGGACCUGACUAACUACCACCUGCUGGACUUGGGACGGCCCCACCACUCUAUCCGCUGCAUGGCUGUGGUGCAUGACAAGGUGUGGUGUGGUUACAAGAACAAGGUGCAUGUCAUUCAGCCCAGGACCAUGCAGAUUGAGAAAUCAUUUGAUGUGCACCCGCGCAAGGAGAGCCAGGUACGCCAGCUGGCAUGGGUGGGCGACGGUGUAUGGGUGUCCAUCCGGCUGGACUCCACCCUUCGGCUGUACCAUGCGCUCACUCACCAGCACCUGCAGGACGUCGACAUAGAGCCCUACGUCAGCAAGAUGCUCGGUACCGGAAAGCUGGGCUUCUCCUUUGUGCGAAUCACGGCGCUGCUCAUCGCAGGGAACCGUCUAUGGGUGGGGACGGGGAAUGGAGUGGUCAUCUCUAUUCCACUUACGGAGACUGUAGUCCUUCAUCGGGGACAACUUCUGGGUUUGAGGGCCAACAAGGUUUCCCCCACCUCCUCUGGAGGGGUCAUCCAUGUGUACGCAGACGAGAACUCGGAGAAAAGCAGCGGCAGCUUCAUCCCCUACUGUUCCAUGGCCCAGGCACAGCUCUGCUUCCACGGACACCGGGAUGCAGUCAAAUUCUUUGUCUCUGUGCCGGGCAAUGUCCUGGCCACCCUGAAUGGCAGUGUGCUGGAUAGUCCUUCUGAGAAUCCUGGAUCCACAGCACCCACAGAGGCAGGGGACAAGACAGUUCAGAACGUGUUGGUGCUGAGCGGCGGGGAGGGAUAUAUCGAUUUCCGCAUCGGGGAUGGGGAGGACGAUGAGACGGAGGGCACCGAAGAUGCGUCGCAGGUGAAGCCGGUGCUGGCCAAGGCCGAGAGGAGCCACAUCAUCGUGUGGCAGGUGUCUUACGUCCCCGAGUGACGCUGAAGUUGCCAUGCAGAUGUGUAUUUCCUUGUAUCUAUCCCAGUCUUCCCAGGCACGCCCCCCCCAUCCCCCAAGUGUUCGACCAAAAGAUCCCACCCCACAGCAAAAAGGUGUAAAAAGAGCCCUGCUGCACCUGAUUAGAGCGUUUGUCCCCAAACUGCCCUUCUUUCUUUCUACCACCGUAACUGUAUGGAACUACUGCUUACCCUACCAAUACCCUACUGCUGUACCCUUACUCUUUCUCACAGUUUACUUAUGGCCACAUGGGGCAGGUCUGCCACACAUUGACCUAUCUCGAGUCCCCGAAUUCCUGAUAAACACCCAAACAGCAGUCAGAAGUGAUCAAAUCUCAGCUGUCUGCAUUAUGGUUCUUGGCAGUAACCGUUUCUGAGGUGGGAAAAGGCAUUGUGGUUGAGAUGCAAACAGUGUCCCUGGAGACGCCAUUGUAGAAACCUGAAAUAUAAAGAGUGAUGAGGUUUGUUGCUGCCUUACAUUGUAAAAGGAAUGAAAGGGAAUAAGUAAUUCAGUAAGAAGGACAAAGUAAGUGGACGCAUGGGUUAGAGGUUAUGUAAUUAAAAGGGCUUAUUUGAAGGGAACCUUUCGAAAACUCACACACAUAAAAAAACUGAAAUUAGCCUCAAAAUAUUACUUAAACUGUGAAUAAGAAUGAUGUAGAGAUGCUUUGAAAGUGCAUGCUGUAAGAUAUAAUCCAGACUUCAGGGUUUCUUAAAUGAAGCAAUUCCUACAGGGUCAUUUCAUUUUAAUGUCAUACAUCUUUUAGGGCGUGACUCUUAAAGUCUGCAUUGUGAAUUCCUGCAUUACAUCACUAAAUCCAUGUAGUUUCCACAUCAAGAAGCAAAAAAAGUUGUAUAUUUGAAAUGAUAAGGACUGGUUUUAUGGUGUAAAUAUUCAAAUGUGAUUUUAUUUAAAUAAAAACAUGAGGGAGAACCUGGUUUUUGACAAACAGUAAAACAAUGUGUAGUUUUUUUAAAAUUAUGCUGAAAAUAAUACAUAAAAUGUACUGUACCAUUUUUAAAAAAGGUAAAUAGUUCUAGGGACCCCUAUCUUCCUGCUUUUGCAGGAUUCUUCUGCGCUAAGUGACAACGAGGUAAAGAUGAGGGAGAGGUCCAGCUGCCAAUGACUUGAGGAUCAGUCAGGUACACUCAGUAACAGCAGGAGAGUGCAGAACAGAUGCCAAGUCCAGGAGGAAUGACCCACGUUCAUGAUUGAUCAUACUGACAAGGUAGGCAGGAAGACAGGCUGCACAUGCAAAAUGAUGGUACCAAAUGCCAGUUUCCUGUCAGUUACAGCAACAAUACUGGUCAACGUGCUACUUUCCCCUUGUGGCCAUCAGUAAGCUGUGCAUGAUGGCCCCACAGAUCCCUCCAGACUGAAUGUCUUCAUAAUGUAAACUUCUCUAAGUGAAGCAGCAGUUGCCACCUCUCCUCUCCCACCAAGUUCUCCUAAUGAUCUGCAUCCCUGUGUAUUUAACUCAUCAAAAGCCUCUGUAUCUGUAUGUAUUAAACAUAUUCAGGCUAAGGA